UGUCUCCUCCACUUCCGGCUUCUUUAAGUAACCACAACAAUCAUGGCGACGUACAGGCAGGUCAGCAGGUUGUUGGGAAUCUCAGCAAGGCUUUCCCGGCCGAUUGCUGGCAGUGGGUGUCAGAGCAGUGGAUUCCACUGGCUCCCACAAACCACCAGGGUCUCAAACAGAUGGCCACAAAACCCCCUCUGGAUUGUUCCUGGAAGAACUAUGUUUGUGCAGACACAGGACACACCAAAUCCAAACAGUCUGAAGUUUCUGCCUGGUCGGACUGUUCUUGAAGUGGGAACCAUGGAUUUUGCUGGCCCUCGUGACGCAUUCUGCUCACCUUUAGUCAGACAGCUGUUUAGAAUUGAUGGAGUGAAGAGUGUUUUCCUGGGCCCCGAUUUUAUCACCGUCACAAAGUCUGGUGAAAAUGUGGAAUGGAAAGUGAUAAAACCUGAUGUAUUUGCAACCAUUAUGGAUUUCUUUACCUCUGGUCUUCCUAUUGUCAAUGAGGACAGUAGACCAAGUGCAGAUACAGCUCCUUCAGAUGAUGACGAUGAAGUGGUUGCUAUGAUCAAAGAGUUGCUGGACACUAGGAUAAGGCCAACAGUACAGGAGGAUGGAGGUGAUGUUCUGUAUCGGGGAUUUGAGGAUGGCAUUGUUAAACUGAAGCUGCAGGGCUCCUGCACCAGUUGCCCUAGUUCCAUUGUUACUCUGAAGAGUGGUAUCCAAAAUAUGCUGCAGUUUUACGUACCUGAAGUUGAAUCAGUGGAGCAGGUGAAAGAUGACGAAGAGGAGGCGGCUCAAGGCUGAACCACUAGAACCACAUUAACACAUUCCGCUAUGUCCGAGUCACCUAUUAUAAUCCAAGCCAUAGAUGCAAUAAGACAACCUACUUGUAUAAAGCAGAUUUGUGAAAUAACUCAUUAUUAUUCAUCCAGAUGUUAUAUGGAUUUUAAUAGCUGUGUUAAAUGCAAUCACAGUAUUUCACAUAAUGUAAGACAGAAAUGGUCUAAUAUAGAAACUGAUUGUACAGUAAAAUAAGUUGUAUUUAUUCUUGCACACUGUUACAGAUCUCAAUCAGUUAGCAGUCAAAACAGUCUUCAUGCUGACAAUACAUACUGUAUCUAUUUAAAUAAAGUUUGUUAAAAUAUUUA